AAUGUCGAGAACUUAAUUAAAUUCAACGAGAUUCUGAAAUUACAAUAAUUUAUAAAUCUAAAUAAGUAAUUCAUGAUUUAAUGCAAAUUUUAUUAGUAAUUGUUAUAAUUGGUAAUGCGUAAAGAGUGACGUAAAUCGGUGAAUGAAAGGGUGACGCAGAUCGCAUGUUUACUUAUUCUGGAAUUACCUCUUCCUUCUGGAGAGACAACAUGAUUCUUCAGCGAAGAAACAAGAAACAAAUGAAUAUCCAUUACGAACAUAUUUCGGAUAUCAAAAGAUAAUCAAUUUCUUCAAGAGAAAAACUUCAUUUCACAUCCAUAAUCAAAGCAGAUCCAUGAGUAUAAUUGUUCCGGAACAACGAGCUUCUAUCUUUCUCUUUCUUCUAAGAAAAGACAAAGUGUCGCAUUCGUAAAGAAACAAGGAUAUUAAUGAAUAGCCACUGAUGGAGUUGUACGAAGGACAAUCAACCGGGAGUUUAUUCAUGCAUUAGAACUGAUCUUAUUUAAGACUAUCAAUCUUCGUGUUUGGAUUAUUUUAAAACCCUUCUUUCUUCUUAUUAAGAAAGAUUAUAUAGAAUUUAACAAUGAAAAACAAGUUAACUGCAAAGUGUGUGUUGAAGGUACUUCGCUUAUAUAAAAAAACAUGCUUCAAGAUUUCCCCGGAAAAUAAAAUUGAUUCGACCGCUUUUCGCGUUAAAAUAUAUCCCAAUCAAAGAUUUGUGAAUUAAUAAUAUAAUGUAAAUCUUAGAUUUCCUCUGACUCACUAGAAUGCGUGCAAUGACCAGCAAGAGAACCGAUACGAAUUGGUGAUUGGCGUGCUCGUGGACAAUAUCGGAGUUCUCCAAGAUUCUAUUCAAGGAAAACGAAGUGAUUCACGAUGAAAAAGAGGUGGGAAUCAGUGAUUGCGGUAUUUUCAAGACGUUCUUCGAAUUUUCGUGAGAAGUAGAUCGACGAAGAAAAUUCUUUGACAGUUUCUCCUCGCCGUCGAUGGAUAAAGUUAUGAUUGACUCCAACCCCGUCACGGAAGUGACGUAAAAUGCAUUUGAUCUCGCGUGUUCACGUAAACGUUCACGCGACUCGGAACGAUGGUGACGAGAGUGCAAGGUAACGCGAUAAUGAAGUUCGGGUGCAGCAAGACCGACAAGAAUCAAACUAACGACAGUUUACAGACUGCCGUCAUUGAAGCUGCUGCAACAGACAACUUGAAUGGCAAAGAGGCUCGUGGUUCGUCGUAAAACAGCGAUACAUCGUAAAAGCAUUUACGCAGAACUCUCUGGGAGACGUGGAAACCGUAAAGCCGAUCCGAUUCCUUCCACGAGACACGAUCGGACAUAAUGUACAGAGCGAGAUAAAUCGGCCACGACGUUAUGAUACUCGAUCUCACCUGGAGAUCUUCCGGCUUCAGAAAGCAGCACGAGCUCCAGAUGUCGAAUCGAUAUCUGGUGACGAAGUUAUCAAACUUGAAGAACAGGGAAAGUCGAGCAUAACUGAAGACGAUCAGGAAAGAGAAAUAGAUAAAGGUAGAUACAGAGAAAUUUGCGGAGGUGAAGAUGGUAAUGUGAGUGAAGAGCGGGACACCGAAAGACAGCUCAAUCCGGGGCGACAAAAUAAAGAAUCGCGAGGCUAAACGAUGGAAGUGAGCUCGACGGCUACGACAACGGUCGCUUUCGAUUUUUAUGACGUUGACCAGUUUGCGCAGAACUUCAGCAUCGGCACCGACGGCAGCCGCGUGCCGCUCGAGUGCAAUCAAGAGAUCAACACCAACAAUCUGUCCGACUUCAUCAUCUACGGCGUAUUCGUCAACCUGAUCGGCCUCUUCGGGAUCAUUGGCAACACGAUUUCGAUGAUUAUCCUGUCGCGCCCGCAGAUGAAAUCAUCCAUCAAUUACCUGUUGACUGGACUGGCCAGGUGCGACACAGCACUGCUCAUCAUUUCGAUAUUAAUCUACGGAUUGCCGGCAAUCUACACGUAUACCGGUGUGCUGUUCCAUUAUAAGUUCAUUGUUUAUCCAAAGAUCAUCAGGUACUUGUUUCCGUUAUCCUGCAUAGCGCAAGUCGUGACGGUAUACUUGACGUUAACAGUGACAUUAGAGAGAUACAUUGCGGUUUGCCAUCCACUACAAGCUAAAUCCUUCUGCACUUAUGGACGAGCUCAAGUGGCGGUGCUGGUUAUAGUAAUCUUCGCCUUUGUUUACAAUCUACCCAAAUUCUGGGAGAUCGAAGUGUAUACUGAAAGACAUUGGAAAUACAACGUCACAGUAUACUGCAUUUUCCCGACGGAAAUGAGGAGCAACCAGUUCUAUAUCACGGUGUAUAUCCACUGGAUGUACUUUUUCGUGUACUACAUGUUCCCUUUCAUCGCGCUGAUGAUUUUUAAUAUGGCUAUUUAUCGACGGGUCAGAAAAGCAAACAGAGAUCUACAGCAGCUGUCGCGUCAUCAGCGUCGCGAGAUUGGCCUGGCAACGAUGCUGUUGUGCGUGGUGAUAGUGUUUCUGAUCUGCAACAUUUUGCCCCUGGUCUCGAACAUCCACGAGACGUUCAUCGAGGAUCCACCACACUGGAUGGUGCAGCUGGGCAAUUUGCUCGUAACCAUCAACAGCAGCAUCAACUUCAUUAUCUACGUGAUUUUCGGUCGCAAGUUCAAGAGGAUAUUUCUCAAGCUUUUUUGUUCGUCGCGGUUUUUCGGGCCCGGCCGGGACAGUCCAGAAUUCCAGACAUACGACGAGUCGAUGAUCACCAACACGACGCACAUCGAGCUGAGAAAUUCGGUCAGGCACGGCCAUCUCAAUCGCGCCAACACCAUCGGUUGGAACAACAAUAUCCACGUCUCCAACGGCAGUACCAGGCAGAGCAUGAAGAGUGGCAGGCCAGCUAGUCCCGGGACCUACCCGUUCAAGAGUCCAGCGAGGAGUCUCAGUCAGAUAUCGAGGAUAUCCAACAGUCGAAACAGUUGGAACAGAAGAGAAAACGGUGAUACAACGCUGUAGUGAACAAUAAUCGUCUCUUGCGCUUGCUGCCACAUUAAAAGCUAGCCGCGUGUUCCGGUUGAGAACUUCCUUUGAUAGAAGUGAUGAAAGAAGAGGAUAACAAUUCUCCAAUCAUGUGAACAAUAAGCAUUUUUAUGCUUCUUGUUAGUUGAUUAUUUUAAAUGAAUAUUGUCGACCUUAGGGGAUUGUUCGAGAUUUAUUGAUCGAGAAAGAAAAUGAUAGUUGUACGCGCUGUAAUGUGGACGAUAUACUCGCUGUGUUUUCUGAUUUAUUAUGGGAUCGAUAGGUGAAUUAGAAAAGUUAUUAACAUGAACGCUAUGAACAAUCAUGACGAUAUAAAAAAUGAUUAGUGUAUUUAUAUUACUGUUUAAAAAUAAUUCUGCUUCUAAUUUAUUGUAUUCACAAUGUUAUUCGAUCGAAAUUGGAACAAGAAGAAAUUCGAAAAAAUAGAAUCAGUGACAAACGGACUCCGCGCCGUAGUAGAUAAUUGAUGUCUUCGAUAAAAUCGAUCUUUUUAUUAUCCGAUAAAAUAUCUUUUAUUAUAUUUUAUUAUUACCUUUUUAAUGAGAAAUUUCAUCGAGAAUCCUAAUCCAAUAUUAAGGAAGUCCACAAGAAAGGAAGAAAGAAGUAGAGAUGUCAUCAUUGUACAACGCGGACAAUGGUCAAAGAACGGUCGAUAUGGAUGUCGAUUUUAGACAUGCGUUCUGCGGUCGUUUUAGUAAUUCCGAUGAAACGUUCAGGAUAUCCAGCGAUCACAGUGGAUGAAACGGUAUAAGUACGAAACGGCAAUUCCGUGCUGCGGUGGACAGUCAAUAUUAUUGUUCCCUAGAGAGAAGCUCGGACCAAGUAAUCCCGCGGAAUGGCACGAUUUCGAUAUAAGAAGAAGGAUCGUCAAGGGAAAUAAUUCUCGCGUUUACUAAUGCGAGAGACUGGAAAAUGUCACGUUUCUCACAAAGACGAGCGUUCACGUAAUUAUGCGAAAGUUCGAUGUUACUUUAAGUUCAUUUAACUUCUCGUAUAUUAAAGAGAGACAUCGAUGCUUACAUUUUGAUGCUGUGCUCUAAAUACUUGAAGAAACAUCCCUUUUUUUAAAUUAUGCUAAUCACUCGUGCGUAGUGCUUCCGUCGUCUGCGAAUUUAUGAGUUUUUUCACUGUAAUGAAACCGUUAAGUGAUGUCGACGUAAUCCAUAAGAUACGUAAUAUCUUAAGUAAUAUGAGACUUCUCUUACUCGUAUAAUAAAAAGACUGGUACUAAAUGUAAUAAAGAGAAUAUGCAAGUAACACUGACUUCGUAUGUUUAAAACUCUCAGUUAUUAAAGCACGGAAACAGCGAAAGUAAAGUCUAAAACUGAAAUCUUGAAUGUUAAAUUUAAUGUAUUAUAUAGAAAUAUUAUCAUUUGUAUCAUAUACAUGUAUAGACUUCCAAAUUUGAAAAUUAAUCAUUGCCAUUUUUUACAUCAAGUAACAUUUGACAAUUAAUCUUCCUAUUAAGGAAAACUCUCACUAAUUGUAAGAUCAAUUAAGAAAUAAGAUUCUUGCCAUAACAACUAAAUUCGAAAUUUAAUUAAAACUUUAAUAUCGAAAUAACAAUUUAAAUAGUUAACAAUUAACUCGUCGUAUUAAAGCAACCACCACAUUUCUUUAUAUAUUCAUCUUUCAUAAUCCAAUCUCUAAAAAAAGGGAACAGUCUUUUGAUUUCGAGACAUCCUUAUACAUUAUAUUCUACACAAGUAAAAGAUAGAGACUUAGAUGUAAAAAAAUAAGCAAAUCGGCUAACAAAGCUUUCAGGAUCGAAAAUUUGGCAUUUCUGGAGUAAUUUUACGAAAUAGAAGUUAAAAGCGGAUUUACUAACUUGGACUGCUGGAAAGGCUUUAUGAACUUUCGACGGGUCGGUCACAUACUUUCGAAGAAAGAUUAAGUAGAAAUCAAUCGAAUUUAGCUGAAGUCAAAAGUACAUUAGUCCAAAAGCCGAUAAUGCGACAUUUCUUCAGGAGAAUUUGUGUCUGGUUUUUUAGAAUAUUUUGUAUUCUCGAACUUUAUUGACUUACCAAAUUUAUAUACUCAGCCUAAGUGAUUUCAUUGAUCAAUCAAAGAUUUUUCAUUAUUAUUAGAAAAUCGAUAAAAUAUUUAUUUUCAAAGCGCAUUGUAUCUUUCUCUUUCUUUUUUUUCUCAAAUGUAAUAAAAUAUUAAACACAAUAUAAUUCAGUCAAAUAUCUUUAAGGAUUUGAAGUUUAAGACGUUUUAAAUAGUUACGUAUUUUAUUAAGAGCCAAAAUAACCCGAAAACCAAAAACUAGAUUUUAAUUUCUAUGUUUUUUUGUUUGAAUUUCUGAUAUUUCUUUUCAAACCUCUUUCUGCAAACCGAAGAUAGACAAUUAUAUGGUACAUUGUAUAUUUCUUUUUGUCUAGACAUGUAAGUUUAAAAAAAACGUUAAGGCAAAAUGUGAAAAAAGAAAAAACAAUGUGUGUGUUGCUAAGAAACCAAAUAUAGAUAUUGCAUUACUGAAAGUCUGAAUGUUAGCUUUCUAAGUUUCAUGAAUAACGCAUAAUAUCUGGACUAAAAAAAUCAUUUUGCCACGCGAGCGAGCAAAUAUAUAUAUAUAUAUAUUUAAAAGAAAUAAGAACCCUUAAAAAAUUAGAUAUUAACAUAAGUAAAAAUUGUAAAUAUAUUUCUAUUCAUGGUUUACCAGACACCCAUGUCGAUAUUAAAUACUUCCUCUACUGCGACAAUUAUUUAUUUUAUAGCUUAUACUCUAAUGUUCUUUAUUCGAUAAGUGAGUACCAAUAAGCGCUAGCGAUAGACCGUCCAAUUCGGCGUUACUAUCGUAAUUCAGUUUCCAAGUAAGUGUAAGAUACAUUUGAAACUGUUCUAUCGAUUUUCAUAUUGCGGAAGUACUCUUGCUAAAAAGAUGAGAAGGAGGAAUUAGAUUUAAGUCCAGAGGGAAACAAAACGCUCUCAUAGCUAUAUGACUAAAGAGAUUCGACAUUCUAGUCAUGGAAUUUCUAUAUCGAGUCCGUAAAACUAUAUUCAUAUACUUAAUACCUGUAUAUAUUGCGAGGAUUUAUCACCGUGCAAAUGCGCUAUCAUAUCCUAUAGCUAUCUCAAGAUUCCUGUAAAUAUCAAUCUAAGGAUCCUCUAAUAGUAGUAAUGGCUGGAAAACAGCAUCAUUUGAUUCUUUUCGAUUUUUUAUAGUCCGCUCCAGAUCAAGUUGAAAGCAGAAUUUAAUUCAGUAACUGUCUUUUUAAUUACAUCAUUUAAAAAUAAUUACAUAUUCUCUCUUGUUGUCUUUGCUCGAUUGUUCAUCCGACAAAUAUUUUCAACGAAACAAUUUUUUCAAUUUAACCGUUGUAAGUAUAAAAAUUGUAAUAAAUUAUGAAUUGGAUAUCAAUUCCAAUUUCUUUUGUCACGAUUUCCAAGUUAAAUUCUUUAUUUCAGCCAGCAUCUCUAUUUCAUCGCUGCCAAAGCAUAUCGUACAAACUGUUUCCAUGUAAAUUAGUAAUUUUUUUUAAUUUAACAUAGUUAGAAAUACGUUUUGUGAAAUCAUGUAAAUGUACCUCGCUCUCUACUCAAAUGUGCUUUAAACAAAUUUUAUUGUACAUAAAACAUAUUCAAACAAUUAA